CAGUGACACUGUCGUGAUCACGGUGAUAAAAAGAGAGGCAACGAAGAGAAAACAAGCACCAGAGUCAAGAGGGAGGAGAGCAAGCAGACAUUUGAUGGUGGAAGCACCUCUGCACAUUUGAUCAACUCUUGAGGAAUCUGCUGAAGGAUGGAGUGGUAUGUCCUGGUGCUGAUGCUGAGCUUGCCCCACUCUAUGCACGCACAUUGUUCUUCACAGUGUCACAAGUGCUUGCAGCAUAUCCUCAAACCCAACAGCGCCGACAGUAGCUUGUGGUGCGGGGUGUUGUGUGAGGAUGAACCGGCGCUGUGUGAGCGGCUGGAGGACGUGAUCUACGAAGGUGAGAAGGCGCAAGGGGAUGAAGCGGAGGAAAGGGGCAGCAAACAAGCCGACGCGCAGUUAAUGAAGAGGCUGGACCAGAGCACCAAGGAGCUACUCUCCUCCCCAUGGCGGGACAAGUACGUCGCAGCCAAAGUGGCGGACUUGUUUAAGAAAAAGACCGGGGAGAGAGUAGCGGACGAGGUGGCAGAAGAAGCGGAGGACAGCUCGGAGGGAGACGCGCCGCGCGGCCACGAUCACGUGAAACGUUACGGCGGCUUUUUACGCAAGUUCGGCACCAAGUCCAAGAGAGGCGAGCCCGAGGAGCUUCAGAAGCGCUACGGGGGCUUCAUGAGGCGAAUCAGACCCAAAGUGAACAACAUCAAGUGGGACAAGCGCUACGGUGGCUUCCUGCGUCGUCACUUCAAGAUCUCGGUGCGCUCCGCCGAGGAGCCUUUCUCUUCCGACUACGACGACCGCAGUCGAGAAACGAGAUGAACUGUGUAUAGAGCGCACUUUACUUCGACUUCUAUUUAACACAAAAUCAUGCCUGCUGUACUCGCUGCCUUCUCAUCUGUGCCGUUAGUCAUUUAGUUCGAGGUUGUUGCUUGUUUAAUAAAACCACCAAUAAAACUAAGACUGCAAAUUCUGUC